AUGAUCGAGCAAAUGAGAUUAAAUAAGGACUAUGUACUGAUCUUGAAUCAUAACUCUAAGCCUUCAUUACUGUCAAGCCAUGGCGGCGGCGCUGGUUGGAGAAGCGGUUAUAGGCACUGUGUUUGGAGAAUUUCUGGGUACGGUUUUGGAACUGAAGGACCAUGCGACGGAGUUCAAAUUGAAGAAUGGAGGAACUGGAAAAAAAACACUUCGAGCAAUAUCUGACGUGAUCAUAAAAAUUGAAGAAUUGAACAAACAAGUGAACCGACCAGCGGACCAGAAUGAAACACAAGACUUGAAACCACUGAUAGAAGAGGGCAAAGACCUGGUUUGCAAGUGCCUUCAUGUAAGAAAGUGGAACGUUCUCAAAAAGUCAAGUUACCACAAGAAGCUGGUGAAGCUGCAUAACAAGAUCUUGAGGUUCCAUAUUUUUCUUGUGCAAGCUCACACAUUAUUAGAGGUCAAGACUAUCAAUUUGAAUAUCAACAACCUCACCAGUUUUCUUCAACGCCGAAUCAUGCCUCCUCAUAUUUUGUCAGAUCUCCCUAGUCCCCAAGUGGUUAGACCUAAAUGUUCAGGACUCCGUGACGGUGAUGAUGUUGCAGGCAUCCAGGUUCCCCUAUUAGUCAAAUCUCAAAGUUCUGAACUCCAUGAAAGUGGUGUAGUCAUUGAAGAAACGGUCAUAUCUCAUUAUUCUGAACUCCAUGGAAGUGGUGUAGUCAUCGAAGGUCCCUACUUCAUCUCAGAUGAAGCUGAAUAUGAACUUUCUGCUACCUGCUGCGUCGGUAUAUGUGAAGGUCUAAUCAGUCUCAGUACUAAUAUCAUUGUUGCAUUUGAAAAAUGUAUGAGCCAUAUAUGGAUAGAGAUAGACAAUGCUGGGAUGCUCAAAACCACAAUUGAACAAGUAGAACAUACUAUGGAAUCACUAGUUCCUGUUCUGCAUGAGAUAGAAGAAUCAGAUAAAGAACAAGUGGUAGAUGGAGCAGAUCAGAGUGAAACAGAAAGCAUAAGGAGAUUGAUGGAAGAGGGUAAGGAGCUGGUUGGCGAGUGUUCCAACAUGGGAUGGUGGGACUUUCUUAAGAAGUGGCAGUACCAGGAAAAGCUGGCGGAGCUGGAUAACAAGCUCUUGAGGUUCCAUAGCAUUUACCUGCAAGCUCGCAUGGCAGCAACAAAGAAUCAUGCUACAACAGGUGAUGGUGUAGAAAUUAAUGCAUGUGAAUGAGUCACAAAAAAGAAACAACCUUGGUAAAUCCAAGCCAAGUGUUUCUGCAGUUGCUUGUCCUGUUAUUUGAUUUCAACUUUCAUUCGGCUGUUAUUUGAGUACUGUGUAGUCUUGUUGCUUGUGCUUAGUACUUACCUUUGGAAAAGAGUUGAAUUUAAAUUCAAUUUUUUUCCAUCAUUUCUACACUUUCAGUCUAAAAUUUGAUUGGCUUUAGUUUGGCAGUGAAUAUUUACACUAUGAUUUUUUAGAUAACUCUUUAUUAGUAGCACUUACACCUUUAGUCAACAAAGCAACAAGACAACACAGUACUCAACAAACAAACUUUUAUAGCCAAGUUUUUUAUAAACAUUCUAAGA